AUGUCCUCCCUCACCCCUGCGAUGCAAAGGGGUGUUGAGGCAGCAGUUCAAACUGCCAUCUCUGAAAACGUUCCUUUGCAGAAGAAUUGGUCGGCUUUCCGCGCGCAUCUCCUGGAAAAUUGUCCGCGUCGCGUUACAGCUUCGAUGCUUGAUGACGAACGAGACUUCAUAUAUGAUUAUUACUAUCAACAUCAUACACAAGCCCAACCCGUUACUCCCCCAAGAAGUCCAAAUAUCCGGCCCGAAAACGGCAGCUGUAAUUCGGAGACAGAACAGCUACCUGUUGCAGAGGAAGAAUUAAAAUCUUCAUUCUCUCCUACCUUGGAUGAGGAAGCUUCCGUAAGUCGGUCCAUUAUAAUCUUUGUCUGCUGGUGUGCUAAUAUCUCAACAGCGGAACAAACCCUCCGAAACUCUGGGCAUAUUCGUGAAACAGGAAGGGGAGUGGGAUAGCACCGUUUGGAAUUUCUGCAAAGAAGACGACUGUUUUAUAUCCUCCGAGAUCGUGAACCGAUGCCCACUCGAAAGGAAAGGGGACAGAACCCACUUGACUUGGAGGUUCUACGGAGUUCCGAAGAAAUCAUACCGUACGUGGUUUAUAAUAAUUAACGACGACAAGAUGGAAAGUGAUAUCAUGCUUGGAAGGAAUUGGAAGAACGUUGAAAGUCAGCCACAUGAGAAAUCUUGUUACACUGGGGAAACGGGGCAUCCGAUAUGUGUUGACGCUCGUAAGUUAUUCCCAGUGGGACAUCUAGCAAACAUUAGAUCAAUUUCUAAAGCGUGCCACUAGCAAGAAAAGAAGAGUAUAGCCCUGUACCACAAGAAUUCCCGGCGGAACUUCCCACAAACAUGACUUUCUUCAAAAAUGAGAGGGACGUCCGAGAGUAUGAAAAAAGCUUGAGCCGUAUGCGAGCAGAAGACGCGCUGGUAACUACAGCGAUGCGUCUAUCUUUGAACGCAUCCUUGACCAAUGGCGAGGAAAUAUGGUCGAGACGGCCAGUGGAAGAUGUCAGAAGUGUCUCGAGCGGCAGUCAAGGACAACAUCCAACAAAACGAAGAAGUGGGCCUUCUAACACCUAUUUGGAUCACUGA